UGAGAAAGAAUAAAGAAAAAAAGGACCCGACGGAUCUUUCUGUAAUUACAGUAAACAAAACCAACAGCGAAGCAAAGGACGGAAACAGAUUGGAAGAAGAAGAAUCAGACGAAGAAGACGACGAACUCAUUCCAAAGCUUCCAUUAAACUGAACCCAAAUCCAUUUUGCUUUGUCUCUAAGCUCAGAUCAUCAUUUCCCCCUAAAUUUCUUUGUUUCUGCAAUACCCAUUUUCGAUUCGACCAAAACCCACAUUCCAUUUCUCUCCAAAAAUGUCAUUCUCCUGCGGAAUCGAGUGCGUUGUGGUGUUGGGUUGCUUGAGAUGGGCUUGGAAGCGAUGCACUUACAUCGGCUCUUACGACAGCGCCACUUGGCCACCGGCCACUUGCGAUGACUUCGAAUCAGUCCCACGAGUCUGCCGUUUAAUCCUCGCCGUUUACGAAUCCGAUCUCAAUAACCCUCAAUUCCUCCCUCCUGGAGGAUACCGCCCCAACCCCGAUUGGCUGAUCAAGCGCGUUACUUAUGAACAGACCAAUGGUCGGGCUCCGCCUUACAUAAUCUAUAUCGACCACGAACAUCGCGAGAUUGUUCUUGCGAUUCGGGGUCUUAAUCUUGUGAAAGAGAGCGAUUACAAGCUGUUGUUGGAUAAUCGAUUAGGGAUGCAAAUGUUUGAUGGUGGAUUUGUUCAUCAUGGUCUUUUGAAAUCCGCGAUUUGGCUGUUGAAUCAGGAAUCUGAAACGCUUAAACGCCUUUGGGUUGAGAAUGGAUCGGAUUACAAUAUGGUAUUUGCAGGUCAUUCCUUGGGGUCUGGUGUGGCGGCGUUGUUGACUGUGAUUGUGGUGAAUCAUCGGGAUCGGUUAGGGGGUAUUCCGAGAAGUAAAGUCCGGUGCUAUGCGGUGGCGCCGGCAAGGUGUAUGUCGCUUAAUUUGGCAGUGAAAUAUGCAGAUGUCAUUAAUUCUGUCAUCUUGCAGGAUGAUUUCUUGCCAAGAACAGCCACACCUUUGGAAGAUAUAUUUAAGUCAAUCUUUUGUUUGCCUUGCCUAUUGUUCCUGGUUUGCCUGAGGGAUACCUUCAUACCCGAGGGUCGAAAACUGCGGGAUCAAAGACGACUGUAUGCGCCCGGAAGAAUGUAUCAUAUCGUCGAAAGGAAAUUUUGUAGAUGUGGGAGGUUUCCUCCUGAAGUUAGAACAGCUAUUCCCGUUGAUGGAAGAUUCGAACAUAUCGUCUUGUCGUGUCAUGCUACGUCUGAUCAUGGUAUAAUAUGGAUAGAGAAAGAAGCAGGGAAGGCCUUGGAAUUAAUGAAAGAAAGUGGUGGUAGUACAGCCACAACAGCACCCAAAGUACAGAGAUUUGAGAGGAAGCAGACCCUUGAGAAAGAGCACAAAGAUGCUUUGGAAAGAGCCGUUAGUCUGAAAGUUCCUCAUGCCGUGAACUCGAUGGAGGACGACGACGAGGAGGAGGCUUCUCAUGAAGACGACGAAACACAAGAGCCUCCUCCAAGCCAAAGUGGAGAAUCCUCGACAAAGACAAAACCCACUUCUGGCAGGACGAACUGGGACGAAGUGGUUGAAACGCUAUUUCAUCGAAGCGAAUCAGGAGAUCUUCGUCUUAGAAAAGAAGUAGCAACAGCAGCAACAGCAGCAGAUGAAGCUCACCCUCAAUCUCAAUAACAUCACCCACUCCAUUCAUGGUUUAAAUGAUUUUGAGAUUAGAUAUCCCAUCUGUUAUUUUGAGUGUAAGGAUAGGAUACAUCUUGUUCGUGUUUGUGAACCUUUUUACAAUGUAAAAUAGUCAUGAUUUACAAUUGGGCAGAUUGCCCAAAGCGUAAAUAACAAUUACACAGAUGAGAAGAGAAAGGAAGUGACGUCCUCUUGUGUCAAGAACAUUCAUUCAAUUGUGGUUAGUGUGCAUUCUUUUGGUUUGAUUGUGGAUUCUUUUUGUUC